UCUCUUUAGGGGUUCCGUAUUUUUGGGUAGUUAAAGGGUUAAAAAUAAGAUAAUUCCUUUUUUUUAACUUUCAUUUUUUUUUCUUUUAUAUCCCUUUAGGGACAUAGAAGAACUGGUGUGCACCAGUUACUAAGCAGAACAUUCUUUUUUACUAAAAAAUUGAAUUUUUUUUUUUACUUUCAUUUUUUUAUUAUUUUAAUGUCUCUUUAGGGGUUCCAUAUCAAGGCAAUAAGCGGUAGGAAAUAUAUUUUUGGGGGAUAUUUUUUUGUUUUUUGGGUAGUUAAAGGGUUAAAAAUAAGAUAAUUCCUUUUUUUUUUUUUUUGGUGGCGUGUUGACAUCACUGCUCCACUAGGGCGCCGCCUCCACUCUGCUGAUGCUCAUCCUCCCCUUGCAUCAGCACCAUUUCUGGCAUCCUCAUUAAACGCACCGACAGAGGAGGGGAGACUCCACACAUCACGGGAGCGCACAGAGGCGUCAGACCCGCCGCCACACCACAGCGUCUCGGAUCCACACCGUCCAGAGGCCCCGUCGACAGGAGCAGCUGAAGAGGAAGCCGACGAACCCGGGCACGCGGCCAGCCAGAGCUACACGAAGUGAUGGAGAGCCUGCUGGAUAAUCCAAUGAAAGCCGUUCUGUACCUGAAGGAGCUCACCACCAUCGUCCAGAACCAGCAGAGCCUGAUCCAGACGCAGCGCCAGCGCAUCGACGAACUCGAGCGGAAGGUGGAGGACCUGAUCGGGGAGAACCGACAGCUGCGGGACCCCCAUCUGUACGUGCAGCAGCCCUCCCACCACCACCACCAUCACCACCACCCGACUCACCGCAGCGCCAGUCCCCAGGCGCCGGCCCACCUCCAUCAGCUCCCGGGGAGCAGCAACAAAGCUCACAUCAGCCAGCAGCAGCAGCAGCAGCAGCAGCAGCAGCAGCAUCCUCCUCCUCAUCCUCAGCAGCAGAUUCCCACUCCAGCGGCGCAGCAUCAGCACCACCCGGCUGCCCCCGCGCAGCUGCAGCUCGUUCCCACCGCGCCGCAGUCCCCUAAAGUCAGCAAAGCCGGCCCCGACGCCGCCGAGGAGGACAAGAGGAGCGCCUGCUGCAAGUCUCUGGUCCCUCAGACCCCCACCACGCUGUGCCGCUCCGUGGGUCUGGCCAGGAAAGCCGAGAACCAAACAGUCCUUCACCAGUUCUGUUGCCCAGCUCCAGAGGUCCCAGAAGGGGAAACCUCCACCGCAUGUGUGCCCAGCGAUGAACUUUCUCCAGACUCGUCUAUGGGGGAGGAAGGGAAGGGAGGUGAGGGGGAGCCGCAGAGUGAGGCCCAAUCUGAGCCAGAGCCCGAACCGCAGCCGCUGCCCGAGCAACCGAAGCAAGAGCCCCAACCGCAAAGUCAGUCUGCGCAGUCGCAGCCAGAGCCGCAGGCCAAACCCCAGUCAGAGCCAGAGCAGCCGCAGCCCGAGCCGCAAGUUGAGCCCGCGGUGGAGGAGGAGACGCCCCCGGACGCCCCCGCAGACCCGUUACCCGGCGGGGAGCAGGAGGACGCAGAAGCGGAGACGCACAGUGAGAAGUCAGACGUGGAACCGGGAGCAAAACAAGAGGGAGAGGAGGAAGAGGAGGUGAAGAGCCAGGGCGGUGAGGGCGAGGCAGCACAGGCAGAAGAGGACGAGGAAGGGGGCGGAGCUAAAGGAGGUGGCGCAGGGAGGAGAGCCAGUCUACACCACACGGCCUCGCCCUUGAGGGUGCAGCGCAAUGGGGCCGGCUCGCACUCCGCCACCUCUGACUAUGAGCUCUCGCUUGACCUCAAAAAUAAGCAGAUCGAAAUGCUAGAGCACAAGUACGGUGGCCACCUCAUCUCCCGCCGUGCCGCCUGCAAGAUCCAGACCGCCUUUCGCCAGUACCAGCUUAGCAAAAACUUUGAGAAAAUCCGCAAUUCCCUCCUGGAGAGUCGUCUCCCCCGACGGAUCUCCCUGCGCAAGGUCCGAGUCCAAAACACGGAGGGUUUCUCUGCUGAACGGGCGCUGGCAGAAGGCUGUAGUUUGGCGGGCAUCCCGUUGGUGCGCUCACCAUCUCUGCCUGCCACGGUUGGUGGCACCCUGACCGACCUGGAAGACUCCUUCACUGAGCAGGUCCAGUCCCUCGCCAAGUCCAUCGACGAUGCCCUCAGCAACUGGAGCCUGAAGACCAUGUGUUCUCUGCAAGAGGGCGGGACUUACCAGUUCAGCGCCGACUCUUUUGCUAAAGCGGCAGGAGAAGGAGGUAGUGUGGGACAGUCGACCGUUCCCCAGAGUGUGGUGGACCCAAACGACCUGUCAAAAAGUGCGAGCAAGCUGAUGAUGGCGUUUCGGGAUGUGACGGUGCAAAUUGACAGUCAGAACUUUCGCGUUUCUUCGUCAGUCGUGGAGUCCUCCACCUCAGUCACUCUUGGAAGCCAACAAACUGGAGCCCCGACCACCAUUACAACUAACUCCACACCAGAGUCUGUCCCACCGAGCUCCUUCCAAGAGCCCUCUCCACCCCCUCCAGAGACCCCAACUGAACCUAUAGAUCCCCCACCACCACCCCAAGAGCCCCCGCCACCCCCAGAACCCGAGACAGAGGAGCAGGAUGUAGAAUUUCCUGCACCACCUCCUAGUGAAGAGGAGCUCGGAGAUCAACCUCCCCUAACCCCUCUGGAUAAGAUGGCCACCCCUCACGACCUAGAGGAGAUCCCACCGCCGCCACCACCUCCGCCCAACGAACCCCCCCCUCCACCUCAAGAGGCGGUACCGUUAGGGAGCUCUCCUGUUGUGGAGCCGCUCGACGUCAACAGAUGCGGCUCCGAGACGGCAGACAACAGCUCCGAGCAGAUGAGCAGCAGCAGCACGUCCACCGAGGCGCGCUCCACGUCGGAAGCAUCGUCCAAGGAGGCCCUGCAGGCCAUGAUCCUCAGCCUGCCACGAUACCACUGUGAGAACCCCGCCAGCUGUAAAUCCCCCACGCUGUCCACGGACGUGAUGAGAAAACGCCUUUACCGCAUCGGCCUCAACCUCUUCAAUGUAAACCCUGACAAGGGCCUCCAGUUCUUGAUCUCUCGUGGUUUCAUCCCAGACACGCCCAUCGGCGUGGCCCACUUCCUGCUGCAGAGGAAGGGACUGAGCCGACAGAUGAUCGGAGAGUUCCUCGGGAACAGCAAGAAGCCCUUCAACAGAGAUGUUCUGGACUGUGUGGUGGAUGAGAUGGACUUCUCAGGGAUGGAGCUGGACGAAGCACUUCGGAAGUUUCAGGCCCACAUUCGUGUACAAGGAGAAGCCCAGAAAGUGGAACGUCUAAUCGAGGCCUUCAGCCAGCGCUAUUGCAUGUGUAACCCCGACGUGGUGCAGCAGUUUCACAACCCCGACACCAUCUUCAUCCUGGCCUUCGCCAUCAUUCUGCUCAACACAGACAUGUACAGCCCCAACAUCAAGCCUGAUCGCAAGAUGCUGUUAGAGGACUUCAUACGCAAUCUACGAGGUGUGGAUGAUGGAGCGGACAUCCCCAGAGACAUGGUGGUGGGCAUCUAUGAAAGAAUACAGCUGAGAGAGCUGCGCUCCAAUGAAGACCACGUCACCUACGUCUCCAAAGUUGAGCAGUCCAUCGUGGGCAUGAAAACAGUUCUCUCGGUUCCUCACAGAAGACUAGUAUGCUGCAGUCGACUCUUUGAAGUGACAGAUGUCAACAAGGCUCAGAAACAAGCAGCACACCAGAGAGAAGUCUUCCUCUUCAAUGAUCUUCUCGUGAUCUUAAAACUUUGUCCAAAGAAGAAGAGUUCUGCAGCCUACACGUUUUGCAAAGCCAUGGGUCUACUAGGGAUGCAGUUUCACCUGUUUGAAAAUGAAUACUACCCUCAUGGAAUCACCAUCCUCUCGCCAUAUGGCUCAGACAAAAAACAGGUACUUCACUUCUGUGCUCAGAGCGCCGAGGAGCUGCUCAAGUUCGUAGAAGAUCUGAAGGAAUCGAUCGCAGAGGUGUCCGAGAUGGAACAAAUACGCAUCGAGUGGGAGCUGGAAAAGCAGCAAGGAGCCAAGACACACUCAGUAAAGAGCAACGGCACACAGCUAGAGCUGAGAGGGAAGCAGGGCUCCCCGCCAGGAAAGCCGGAGUUAGAUGACAGAAGUGGACACAAUGCAGUAGAGGUGUCAAUUCACAACAGGCUUCAGACGUACCAGCUCAGCAGCAGCACGGCUCGGAGCCCCGAGAGCGCGGCCCUUCUUAACAACCGAGGCCAACUGCUUUUCCAGCAGGGGCCCCUGGGGUUAACUCAGGGGCCGAUGCCUCCGCCUCCGCACAUGCAGAGUCAGUCAGCAGCGAGCACCCCCGCCCACCACCUACCCUUCCAGCAGCUUCCCCAACCGGCGGCGAGCAUGUCCGAUUUGAGGCCCGAGGCGCUCAUUCAGUGCCAGCAGAUCGUCAAGGUUUUCAUGCUGGACAACGGCGGUCACGGACGCGUGGAGGCCUUCCUCAGCCAGACGCCCACCCACCACUACCAGCACCGCCCCUUCGGCCACCACCAGCUCAGUCAGUCCGCCGCAUCCACCCCCGUCCGCUCGCCAGACGGCUACCACGGCAGCGCCCACCAACCGCCUCUCCCUCCCCCGCCUCCACCUUACAACCACCCCCAUCAGUAUAUACCCCCAGACCCCCGACUCAGUCUACAUCGGACCCCAAGCGGCUCUCGGAGCAUGGUCUGAAAAGUUAUCGGCUAACGUAAACACAGAGUACACUUCCACAUCAAACUCACCUUUUCUGCCUAUUUAAAAGUACAUACUGUACAUAGUAUUAUAUAUAUAUAUAUAAAUACAGAAGAAAGAGCUAUAAUAAAAAAUAGAUCUACUUAUAUGCAUAUAUUUAGAAAAAAUAAACUACAAAAUAAAUCAAGAUUUUAAAUCUGAAAGAGAGAAAAAAGUGCAAAUAUGAAGUUUUACUUGUUUUCUCAUGUAUUUUGAAAUAUUCUGUAGUUUUAACAAAUUUCUAUAACUUUUUGUGAGUUUUAACUCUUGCUAGAAAAACAAACUAAAAAAAAAACCCACUACAGAUGUUCCGCUUGUGGAUGGGUUCCUUGUAGUUCAAGUGUUCGUCCACAAACGAAUCCCUCCAAAGUUUCGGGUUAUUCCCAGCAGUGGACGAACACGCUCCAUGGAUGCUCUGCUUUCGUUUGCUCCGAUCAUCCCAGACCUCAUGCUACUGUGCUGUAUGUGCACCUUCUGCUGACACUUAACUAAAAAAAUACGAAAAAAUAAAAAAGAACCUGUGCCACACUUUAUUUGCCUCUACUAAAUAAAGACUUCUUUGCACUUGAAUGACCGCUAGGGCUGAAGAAAAGAAAAAAAAACUGCUUUAAGAACCUUUCAUGCUUCUUCCUAAAGGGGCUCUAAAAAAUAUUUAUAUGAUGAACUCUGCCCUUCCUUUAUGCUGUCCUGAAAUAAAGCAAGAACGCAAAAUAUCCUCCGACAUAAA